GAGUGGAGUCGGGUGGGGAGAGGGGUAGCUGUUAAGAUGGUGUCGCUGCUGCCGCGCAUUGAGCAACUGUCGUCGCGGGUGGUACGGGUGCUGGGCUGCAACCCCGGGCCCAUGACUCUGCAGGGCACCAACACCUACCUGGUGGGCACCGGGUCCAGAAGAGUCCUUAUUGACACUGGGGAGCCAGCUAUUCCGGAAUAUAUUGGCUGUUUAAAGCAGGCACUGUCAGAGUUCAACAUCUCAAUUCAAGAAAUUUUAGUGACACACUGGCAUCGUGAUCACACUGGUGGAAUACCUGAUAUUUGCAAAAACAUCCCUAAUGACUCUGAAUAUCGCAUCUGUAAGCUCCCUCGUGUUCCUCACAAUGAAGAAACAAUAGAAGGAGGUCAGAAAUAUUUUUAUCUUAAAGAAGGAGAUGUGAUACAAACAGAGGGAGCCACACUCAGAGUUUUAUAUACACCUGGACACACUGAUGAUCAUAUGGCUUUACAUCUAGAAGAAGAAAAUGCUGUAUUUUCCGGUGACUGUAUUUUAGGGGAAGGAACAACAGUAAUUGAAGACCUGUAUGAUUACAUGAAAACUUUGAAAAGGUUGCUACAAAUGAAACUAGAUUUAAUAUAUCCAGGUCAUGGCCCAGUAGUACGUGAUGCAAAUGCUAGAAUCCAAGGCUACAUUUCUCACCGAACUGCACGUGAACAGCAAAUUCUAAAUGUUCUCCAGAAUAACGCUGGAAAAUCUUACACAUCCUCGGAGCUUGUAAAGAUAGUAUACAAGGAGAUCCCUGAAAAUUUACUCCUAGCAGCAGAAAAUAACCUCCUAGUCCACUUGAAGAAGUUGGAAAAAGAAGGAAAAGUGUUACAGGAGGCGUCUCCCAACUUCAGAUGGAGAAACAAUUUAUAAGUUACACAAGAUUGCUCAAGAAUAUUUUUAAUCUGCACAGUUGCUGCAUGAAAAAAUAUAAUGAUGAGCUCAGACAAUAUGUAAAAUAAAAACUAAUUUUUUUUAAGCAUUAACACAGUUUUAAAGCAAUGUU